UCAACUCUUAGCAUCUCCAUAGCAGAAAAGAUGAGUGAAGAACAACGUAACCUGAGGGAGCCUUCCAAGUCACCAUCGACGACUGAAACUGAUGAACUCGAGUAUACUGAUCCUGAUGUGAAAUCUGUUGGUGACCUUUCUGCCACCUCACCCGUUGCAAAGAAUGAAGAGAAGGAAAGUGAAGAUGGAAACACUGAUCAGUAUUCUGGUGGUGGAAUUCGUGGUGAGGGACCCAGUGGUGUGAAUUCUGCCCACAAUGACACCGAUGUUGAGAUUGACGCGGUUAAUGAUAGCGAUAAGGAGAAGAGUGAACCUUCUGUUGAUCAAGUUUCUUCGUCUUCGUCUAACAGUGCCGCUAAUGAACCUGAGGAUGGACAAGUAGUUAACUCACCAACAAAAAGACGAAAGACUCAGUAA